AUGGCAGAGACGAACACGGCCGCCUGGCCCCGGUUCCAACUCGUUCUCGUCAGCAAGGAUGGCACAGUCUUUCCCUCUUUCCCAAGCAGCGCCUUUGCCGGCGGCGACGCCGAUAAGAUCCGCCUUGCUGAUAUCCGGACCCGUGCUGCUAUUUCGGCAAAGCUCAAGUUCACGGCCGAGGGCUCGGCCUUUGUCGGCGACGAAACCACGUUAUCGUACUACAUGUCACUUCGCGGCGUAGACAUACGCUCCCAAAAGGACGACCUAGAGAGCAGCGAGAAGACGUCUGCAGAGAUACCGACUGUCAAGAUUGAGCUCAUCUUGAAUGGCUUCAAGGCCACACCCACGGCCCCGGCCGUCAGCCCCGCCAAGUACCAGGAGGAGAUUGAGAAGCUCCUGGUUGUCGACCAGAGCGGGGCGGCCAAGGUGGGUGACUUGAAGAAGCUGUCUAGCACGCUCGACUCGCUCCGUUCGGACUCGAUGGUUAUCACCGCCGCGGCGAGCGUGCCGAGCGAAUUCACCAAGGAGCCACUGGAUUUGACCGAGGGCCAGUGGGACUACGUUCUGAGGAACACGCGUGCUCUGCACGGGUGGUAUAACAGGGGCAAUGUCAUGAUGAAGGCAAGGAAGAAAGCCUUUGAUAUCGCUCCGCCGUUGGGUGCAGCCGGCGAGACACCUAAUGGUGUAUCGAAUGACAAGGGCGUUGUGCUGCCACUCCCGCCAUUCUACAUAAGCGACGAUGCGACAGUCGACGUCACCGAGACACGCAGUGCCCUCGAGCGAGAGAUGGCAGACUCGGGCUUCAGCCAACAGGCCAUCAAGGCCUCCGGCGGAGGCGGUACCAUGGGCGUCUUGGCCACGGCAGCGGCUGCAUAUGAGAAGCAGAGCUCUGAGGCGGCUAAGACAAUUGAGGCCAGCACCGUUCAAGCCGUGCACGUCGCUUACAAGUUUCCCCGCGCCACCAUCGAGCUAGACGCCUACUCUUUGCAGCUCACGACCGAGGCCAAAAGUCGGGCCUUGGGCGUCUCGACUGUCGCAGACAUGGACCGGUGGUAUCGAGACUUUGGCAAUGUCUUUGCUCUACAGUUCACGCUUGGCGGAGAGCUCACCAGCUCCCGCUUGUUCGACAGCCAUGACAACAGCAGCCUUGCGUCGUUCAAGGAUUCCAUCAAGCUCGCCGCAGGAUUGAGCAUAUCGAGCCCCUACGUCACCGCGGGUUUCAGCACCAGCAGCGUUGACGCGACCGAGCACGCCGAAGGCGAGAAGACGACGAACCAGAAUCUGCGGCUCACGUGGAAGGCUCGCGGUGGCAACACGCUACUGUGCUCCAACCCACCGCUGUGGACAGCAACUGUCAAGGACUACCGCUUAUGGCGCAUCAUGGACCAACAAUGCCUCGUCUCGAUGUCCAACCUCGUUGGCGAAGUCGACAUUCGUGCAGCCGAGCACCUGACGCAUCCAGAGGCAUGGACGGGCGACAACGGCAGCUCAUCCGACGGCGCUGCAGACGACUCCGAUCGCGAGCGGCUAUGGAGCGCGCUCUACGACGUGUUUAACAACGCCGGCGGGCACCCCUUGGCGUCCAGGAUCCAGGAGUUCUACAACAGUGCUGCAUUCGACCUGACUCAAUAUAACCAAGCCCUUGGACCGGGCGAGCGAGAGCUGAGUCUCAAGACAAAACUUCCCUGGUCUAAGCUUGAUCUCGAACAUAAGACAUGUGUGGGCAUCUUGGCGAGAAAGAUGGGCAUCAUCAAUAUUUAG